CUGCUUUUCUCACACACUCCUCUUUUUCUCCUUUGUUUCCCGGCGGGAAGUUCCGUGGGCUCCGAAGAAAACCCUAACCCUAAAGAAUCUCUCCAAACGCCAUCGAUCUCUUUGAUUCCUUGCAUUUUCCACCUUCCUUCCAUUAGCUCGAGCACAGACAGGGCCUACCUUUGUGAUUGUGCGUGAGAAUGGAUGAGCAAGGACAUGGGCAGCCCCCAGUCAUGGGGGUUGUUACUGGCGUGGCCCAGGUACAAUAUGUCACUGCUCCAUAUCAAGCUACCCAGAUGAUUGGGGCUGCUCCUCCUGGUACAGUCGCUGCACCUGUUGGAUCCAUUCAGUCCCCUGGCCAGUCGACUGCUUAUGCUGCUUCCCCAGCCCAGCUUGCGCAACAUCAGCUUGCUUAUCAGCACAUACAGCAGCAGCAGCAACAGCAGCUGCAGCAGCAGCUCCAAAUGUUCUGGAACAACCAGUACCAGGAGAUUGAACAGGUGAAUGACUUCAAAAACCACAGCCUGCCGCUGGCUAGGAUCAAGAAGAUCAUGAAGGCUGAUGAAGAUGUGCGGAUGAUAUCGGCUGAAGCUCCAGUUGUGUUUGCCAAGGCGUGCGAGAUGUUCAUCCUGGAACUGACACUGCGUUCAUGGAAUCACACAGAAGAGAACAAGAGGCGGACGCUGCAGAAGAAUGACAUCGCUGCUGCGAUCACACGGACGGACAUCUUUGACUUCCUGGUUGACAUUGUGCCGAGGGAGGAGCUGAAGGAUGAGGUGCUUGGGGCCCUCCCAAGGGGUGGGGCUGGUUCAGUUGGGGGUCCUGCCGAUGCUAUUCCUUACUACUACAUGUCGCCACAGCCUGGCCCUCAGGUCAUGGGCAAACCUGUUGUGGAUCAAAAUCUGUAUGUUCAGAUGUGGCAGCAGCCGCAGCAGCAGCCAGGAGAAGAUUCGUGAACAGGGAAAUGAAGCAGCAGCAGAUGAAUUCAAGAAAAGACAUGGUUAUUUGUGUGGACCAUGGUUCAGUGAUGUAGACCAUUGAUUCGAUGGCCCUCUCUGUUAAUGGAUGCGCGGAAUUGAUUGUAAAUGGAGAUGGGGACCUCAAGGUUGGUGGGUGGGAUCUUCCUACUUGAGAUACAUUUUUGCAGAAUGGUCUAUUCUAUCAUGUGUAUUGUGCAUAACCUUGUGUUGUGUCGCAUGCUCCUCCAGAGCGGGUGUCACUGUGUUUUGUGCAUAAUCUUGUGUUGUGUCGCAUGCUCCUCCAGAGCGGGUGUCACUGUGUUUUGUGCAUGAUCUCUCUCGGCAGUUGCUUGGACAAAGCUGCUUGCACUUUGCAGUGGAAAUGUGAGAAUGGCUCUAUGCUAGGAUGCCAUUACAGGCUCUUAAACUCUGUAUCUGUUCUGGGAAGGUGGGCCUCUUCUUCUCUUUGAUCCGGAAAGUGUUUUCUGAAAAUCAUUUUUGCAGCCGUUUUUAGUA